AAGAUAGACGUCUAAAGUCGGGCCAGUCGGUGCUACCAUCGCCGCAUAAAACAGUUUACGACUUACCGGCGAUAUCCGUGUGUUUAACUGCGACGCUUCGACACACUAGGAAGGAGCUGCCAAUCUCAAAUGGAUGCCAUCAAAGGUAAAGGAGAGCAAGGAAUGCAGAGUCCAGUUGGGCUGAUGGACAGACCUGACAGCUUCCACAACAUGGAAAGCUUGCUACCCAAAGCAGUGAAGAGGCGAGUGAAUGCUCUGAAGAGGCUACAGGUUCAGUGUGCCAACAUAGAAGCCAAGUUCUAUGAGGAGGUCCAUGAGCUUGAGAGGAAGUAUGCGGCCCUUUACCAGCCACUUUUUGACAAGAGACGAGAUAUUGUAACAGCCACAGUGGAACCCACAGAUGAGGAGUGUGAAUGGCAAAGUGACAGAGAAGAAGAGGAGGAGCUAGCAGGGGAGCUGAAGAAAAAGGCUGCUAUUGAAGAGGAGAAGAAAGAGGAUGCUGCCCCGGAGGAAGACCCGAAAGGCAUCCCAGAUUUCUGGCUCACCAUUUUCAAAAGUGUAGACAUGCUCAGUGAUUUGCUUCAGGAACAUGAUGAGCCCAUCCUGAAGCAUUUGAAAGAUAUCCAAGUCAAGUUCUCUGAGCCUGGACAGCCAAUGAGUUUCACCCUAGAGUUUCAUUUCGAACCAAACGGUUACUUCAACAAUGCCGUGCUCACUAAAGUCUACAAGAUGAAGUCAGAACCUGACACUUCAGACCCCUUUUCUUUUGAGGGGCCGGAGAUCAUUGACUGUGAAGGUUGUCAGAUAGAUUGGCACAAGGGAAAGGAUGUAACAGUCAAAACUAUUAAGAAGAAGCAGAAGCAUAAAGGUCGUGGGACUGUCCGUACUGUCACUAAACAGGUCCCUAACGACUCCUUCUUCAACUUCUUCAACCCAAUUAAAGUUUCACCGGGUGAAGAGAUGGAUGAGGACUCUGAAUUCACUCUAGCCACAGACUUUGAGAUUGGUCAUUUCUUCCGUGAGAGAAUAGUUCCCAGAGCCGUGCUCUACUUCACUGGAGAGGCCCUGGAGGAUGAUGAGAGUUUUGAAGAGGAGGAGUUAGAAGAGGGAGAUGAAGAGGAGCAAGAUGAGGAGGGUGAUGAUGAUGAUGAUGAGGGAGAUAUUGACCCAAAAGCAUAAUCAAUCAUUCUCACCCCAUGCAAUUUCUAGGUAGCAGAGCCCCAGCCUGCCGAAUGCAAACAGCAGUAACUGUCGUGAUCAGGGGAGCUUGGCGGAGACCUGGUGUCCAUCAAAUCAGUCCUCAACCAAUCAGCAAGUCCCCUUACCCCUGCAGGCUCCGCCCUUUUUUCUGAAUUCACUCAAAUGCAAUAGAAAGCAACCAAACAGUGUUUUUAUGAUGUGCAUGUUUUUGUUUUUUUGUUUUGUUUUGUUUUUUUUUUGUCUUGGGCCCCUAUUUCUUUGGCUUCAUUCAUACUCGGAGCAGAAGUGACUUCUGUCAUACCAUGAAAUUGCUGAGAGUCUACUUCAUUGGUAAGGUGGAGUAGGUGACUACUGCCAAGAACCUCAGAAUAUCAAGACAUGGAAUUGAAAGAGAAUCGAAUGGAUCCCAACUUUAGUUUUCAUUGAAAAAAAAAAUCAGUUACUCAGGGUUUUUUAAUGCCAAUAUGAGAAGUGUUCAUGUUCUAGGAAACUGCUGAACAGGUUUGACCUAAUAUAUCACUAGGGUUGCUGAAAUGUUCUCUUUCUUCGGUGUUUUUUAAGAGACGCAAUGUAUUGUUAGAAAUUUACUUUUUUUAUGUUCAUGGUCGUGUCAUUGGACUAUUUAUUUUGGUUUCAUGCAACUGUAAGUAGUGGUGCAUUAUAGGAACACCUAUUAGGCCCACCUACAGUUGCAAGUCCAUUCUCAUUGGAUGAAACUAUCUAGGCUUUGCAGAUUAACAAAACUCUUAUACUGCCAAAUUAUUGUUAUCAUUAUCAUUAUUAUUAUUAUUUUUAUUACUAUCUUAGUCUUUCAACCAUGGAGUAAUUUCUUCACGCAUUACUUAAAAAGUGUAUUGGGCUUAAGAAGUAUUAAGUAGUAGUAUAGUAGUAAGUGUAAGUACUUACUUAUGUGGACACAGUUACAAUUUAUCUGUAAAGAAUGGCAUGUACUGAGGUGUCUAUACGGUGGUCUGCAGAAUACUUCUUAAAGCUAUUCCCUCUGCGCCCCUACACAUCGGAUGUGCUUUUUCAGACAUGUUUCAACAAGGAUAUAAAAAGAAUGGGUAUAUGUAAUUAUAAGACAUUGAGGUAAGGCCUCAUCAAUACUAAUUUCCGUUACAAUAAGCUGUUCAAAGUGGCACUUUGUUGUUAACCUUUCCCUUUUCCCCCUAACCCAAGUCUCCAACAGACUUUCUGGCGACACUUGCAUAGAAGUGGCCGGGUACAACUGUCAGUAUGACUGACUCACACGUUUAUACAGUAGUUUCGAGGUAUCACGUCUCAUUUUCAACAUUGUACUUAACAAAUGUUCUCUAAACAGUCAGUAGCAGGACAAAGUGCGGAGUGUGGGAUGUGUGGAUCUAACCAUAACUUGGAGAAGAUGUGUUUACCAUAGUAAAUUCAUCCUGUUAACAGGAAGCAAAAAGGGAGGAAACAAAAAUACCGGAAAAGCCUCUCACUCCAAACAUUUUGUCAGUUUAUCUGAUUAACACGCUCUUUAAUCCAAGUCAAGAUUUUGUGUUUAUGACUAUGGAGACAUUUCGCUAUCUAACGAUUCGAUUGAAUGUUUUGGGAAAAUGUAGUCAGAGAUUGCCAAUGUAUUUUAUACUGCACUUGGGAUUUUGGUUGGUUGGUACUGUGGAUACUUUUGCCUGGUUAAAGUGGUCAUUUAUAACUGACAGUGUGAUAAUGCCCAGCCACCUUUUUUGUUUUUGUUUUUGUUUUUGUUUUUGUUUUGGUUUUUUUUGUUUUUUGUUUUUUCUUUUUUUCUAAAAGAUUGUAGAUCCUGUUGGACAGAGUUCACAAAGCCACGGUGACAUCUUUAAACCUCCCACAUUGGACCGUGUGCUAGCAAUGGCCUUAUCUGGUUCUUCGCAAUUUGUUACUUGCGCAAUAUAUCUUUUCAAUUUGUACAGAAUUAGUUAAGAUAUUCUAUUAAAGUUGUGCGACAUGUAAAGAACUGAUUUUUGGA